AUGGGACUUCCGAUGGACGCUAACCUCGCCGAGAUACAUGUCCCAAGUGGACCUACCUCGAUCCACCAGGCAGAGUCGUUUGACGGUCUCUCUUUACAGCAACUCAUUGCACGCAAGGACAAUCUUGAGGCAGAACUCAAGGCCUUGGGCGCAGUCCUAGAUAGCCAUGGAGUCACCAUGCAAACAAGCCUGACCACAUUCGAUGGGUUUCCAAGAUCAGAUAUUGAUGUGGCGCAAGUACGAGUUACAAGAGCUCGGAUUGUUGUGCUCCGCAACGACUGGAAAGCUCUGAUGGACAAAAUCGAGAAGGGUCUUCACGAACAUCAUGCCAAAUACCAAGCCUCGGACGAAUACAAGAACUCACUGAAUCAACCUCAAUCCCGACCAGCGCCCUCUCCUGCAUCCGAACAGACACCUUCCGCCCCCGAGACCCCAUUUGCAAAGGUGAACAGCAUUGAGCCCGGGAGUCCUGCACAUGAAGCUGGUCUAAAGUCUGGCGAUCUGAUAAGAAGAUUUGGGACCGCAAUAUGGUCAAACCAUGAAAGAUUACGCAAAGUUGGGGAAGUUGUAAGUCAAAACUUGGGUCGACCGAUCUUGGUUCGGGUUUCCCGUGGUAUGGGACAAGACGCGCAAGAGCUGGACCUGAGGUUGACUCCCAGACAGAAUUGGGGUGGAAGAGGGACGCUGGGAUGUCACAUUGUUCCCGUAUGA